UCAUUCAUCGCACGGUUCAUAUCGUAUAUCUUUACAUAACAAUAAUAUUGUUAUUAUUUUGCAAAAGUAUCAGUGAAAAUGUGGAAUUUGCAAUUGUCGCUUCUAGUCUCAGCAACGAUUGUCUGUGCAGUGUAUUCGAAUCCUGUGGUGAUAGAUCAGGAAGCCGAAGCUCAAAAUUUUUUUCCUUCGAUAUAUAGAGAUGGUCCUAUAACGAUACAAGGGCACUCCAGGCCUUUUUUGAGUGCGUACACGAGAGGACUUCGUGGGACCUCUGAAGGAUCACCAGCUGUAAACAGUAUAUUAGGAUCAGGAGAUUUAGGAGUUUUACGUGGUGGUACAUUUUACCAAGAUGACGACAAACAGUACGCUUCCCGACCUGAUUUGUAUGGAUCCUUCUACUCACCCAGUAGCAACGGACACAGUGGUCCUUAUCUAGAUGGAUACUAUGGCGGAUUUAGGCAUGAUGAACAGUUUGCAAACUUCAGGGAUUUUGCUGACUUCAACGCGCCGGCUGAUGCCGCCUAUUCGCAGUAUGUAGUGCUUUACGCAAAUCCUGGAAGUGUCACUCAAAACCAAGAAAACCACAGUCCUAAAAACAUCAUAGAACAAUUGGCCAGUUUGGACGAGGAAACGCCGAAGAAAAAGUUGUCGUUAGGUAAACGCAAAUUGGCUUUGGAAACUAAAUCGCGGAAGAAGUCAGGGAAGUCUGAUGAUGACAAACGGAAGGAAAUAGCGACGGAACCGUUGCUGGCACUGAGUUAAUAUUACUAGACAUUGUUGAUUGUUCGUAUUUGUGUGUCAGUGAGUUGAGUGUUGUAUAGUGUUUGUUGCAAAAUAAAUGUCUGCAUGGAGGUGUGCAUAUUUGUGUCUAAUGCCAAACGGGCAGUUGAGGAUAUUAUCAUUAUGUUAUGUUACGCGGAUAUAUUUUCGAGAUGCAAGUUGUUUAAGUGCGAGUGCGUGUCAACCGGUUGACUGGAAUAUUCUUUGCAAUAUUAUUUUCAGGUCAAUGGCGUGUGUUAUUUUAUUAUUAUGUACUUGACUUAAAUUUUAUAUUGAGACGUGUUCUGUUCAUCAUUUCGUUAUAAUCUCGUAAA